CACGCGCGGCAGAUUCUCUUUCCUCCCUCCCUUCCACUUUAAAGUACCUUCCCUAUUCACAUAAGAGUAUACUCUAUUACUCUUCUCUUCAUCUGAUUCAGCCCCAUUUCAACCUUCCCUUCAUUUUCUCCAAACCUGUCUCUUUUUUCACACAGAAACCCAACAUUAAGCAUCUGUCAGUCUAUCUUGUUGUUCUAUACUUCUAUAUUACUCCUAGUUGUAUAAAAAAUACUCCUAAUCUAUUGGGUUGUCAAAGAAAUUUCAUGUUGUUCGUCUGAAUAUAUACUUGUAUAUCACAUGGUAAUGUUUUUUUGCAGCUUUUGACAUUGUAUUAGCAGACAAUUGCUAACUCCAAAUUUCCAUUUCAUUCUUCUUUCACAUGCUUACUUACCCUCCUAAUCCUAGCUCCCUAAUGGAGGAUUCUUAUGUCUAUAUAGUAUGAGAUCAAAUAUAUCCUUCUUGUUCAUUGUCAUUACCUACUAUAAGUGAUAUAGUAAAGAUAUCUCAAAAUGUCUUCCACAUUAGACCCAUUUCACACCAGUAUUUCACAUAGAAAAAGAACUAAAACACCAUCUUUCUCUUCUAUCCUUCUAGAUGCAAUUUAUAGGUCUAUUGAUGAUGAUCACAACCAUGGUGAAUACCCUUAUACUACCCCAACAUCUCCAAUUCAUAGCAUUGUUAAACAGAAUGAUUGUGCAUCAUCCAACCAACGUAGAACUAAAAUGAAAAGUGAUAGUACCUUGGAGACUGUUGAUCUUCGUCGUGCUAUUAUGAUUGAAUCAUGGAUGGAGAAACAACCACACCAGCGACCUCAACAACAACAGCAACAACAACGGAAACAUUUUAAUCUCGGGGAUGUAAUUGAUCGAAAGAUUAAAAUUGUUCGACAGAAAUCUGUCCCGGAUAGAGCAAGAGUUUUGGAUGACUCCUCUUCCUCGAAUGAUUUAUCCUCUUGCUUUACUAAUCUCACUCCACGAUCUUCGCGCGAUCAGUUAUCAUCUUCGCGAAUUUUUACCAAGACCAAAUCUCGUGCGCUGAAGAUCUAUGGCGAUUUCAAGAAAUCGAAACAACAAAACACUCCGAUUUCUCCUGGAAGAAGAAUCGCAGCGUUUCUAAACUCAAUUUUUCGAAACUCCGGUAAUUCUCCAGCGAGAAAUUCGCCGGAAAUUAAGAUAAAUCCAUCACCUCCACCAACCACGACGACAACCUCAAACUCAGCUUGUUCAUCGGCGUCGUCGUUUGCUAGGUCAUGUUUAAGCAACAAAACGUCGUCGUCAGGAAAAUCUACUCGAUCAGUUCGAUUCUAUCCAAUAAGUGUAAUCGUCGAUGAAGAUUCCAGACCUUGCGGCCAUAAAUCAUUGCUUAAAAACGAAAAUGACGAACCGAAAAAGCUAGUUUCACCACGACCAACUGUUAACAAAAAUGGUGAAUAUGAGCAGAAAAGAGAGAAAGAAAUUGAUACAUUGUUGAUGAUGAUCAAGAACAAUUGUAACAAAAAUAAUCACAAAAAUCAUCGCCGCCAUGUUUCAAGUUUUGUCAAAGAUCAUGAUCAAGAAAUGGAGGAGGAUGAAGAUGAUGAUGAUGGUGGUGAUAGUUGUGCGAGUUCAGAUCUUUUUGAAUUGGAAAAUUUUAGCGCCAUUGGAGGUGGUGCUACACGUUACUGUGAAGAGUUGCCGGUGUACGGAACAACUAGUUUGGAGGAUAUUACGGCUUAAUUAUUUUAUUAUUGUCCUAAUCCCUAAUUAUGUUUUUCUUUCUUCCAUUUAUUUAUUUAAUUUUCCUUUCAGUUUUAGGAUUUGAAUGUAAUUAAAUAGUCUUUUCAAGUUAUUAAUCUAUUAACUUAUGCAUGAUUUUAUUUUUUCUUUUUUAAUUUUUUGUAUAAUUCAAUGAGAUUAGACUAAAUAAUUAAGACUUGUUUGGCCAUCAAACAUACUAAUAAUAAUUUUGAUAACAAA